AUGCUGCCGCCAAGCCGAAAACUGACCACCAAGAAUAUGGAAUCUGAAAAUGCAAAGACUGGAACUAUGGAAAUUGAGAGUAUUUCUUCAAUUUCUGCUUUGCAAGCCCUCUCUAAUCUGCUUUAUCCUGAAGAAGAGGAUGAUUUUGACUCUGAACAGUCAAAUUGUUCAUCUGCUAUUGGAGCCAUAGAUCCUGGCAAUAUUGGACCACCAAAAACAGAAGAGCUAAAAGUCAUCCCUCAAACCAGUGAAAAAAAUAAUGAGGACAUCUGGAAUCCAGAAGAGGUUCCAGAAGGAGCAGAGUAUGAUGAUGUGUGGGAUGUUCGAGAAAUUCCAGAGUAUGAGAUUAUAUUUAAACAGCAGGUAGGAACAGAGGAUGUAUACCUAGGAUUGACAAGAAAGGACUCUUCAACAGCAUGUUGUCAGGAGCUAGUGGUUAAAAUUCAACUGCCCAAUACAAACUCUUCUGAAAUUCAAAUUGAUAUCCAGGAGACAAUUCUUGAUCUUCGUACACCUAAUAAGAAGCUGUUGGUAAACCUUCCUCAACCUGUGGAAUGCAGCAGUGCUAAAGCACUCUAUGUCCCAGAGAAUGAGACUCUAGAAGUCACCAUGACUAUGAAAAGAGAGUUGGACUUUAUUAAUUUUUUCUGAUGUUGUAUGAAUAAAGAGAAAAAUUGAUAAAAAGGA